ACCUGGGCUAGAAGCAUGUGGCGUGUCCCGCGAGGCUGGAGGGUAGGGCGCCUGGGACCCUGGGGAGCCGAGGGGCAGAAGCGGCCCCCCAGCGUCCGCGCGCUGGCCAGCGUGGGCUCCCGGAGCGGGGACGAAUACAGUCACGUGGUGGUGGGUGCGGGCUCCGCGGGCUGCGUGCUGGCUCGGCGGCUCACCGAGGACCCCGACAAGCGCGUGCUGCUGCUGGAGGCUGGGCCCAAGGACGUGCUGGCAGGGAGCAAGAGGCUCUUGUGGAAGAUCCACAUGCCCGCGGCCCUCGUGGCCAACCUGUGCGAUGACAGGUACAACUGGUGCUACCACACGGAGCCGCAGACGGGCCUCGACGGCCGGGUGCUGUACUGGCCGCGCGGCCGGGUCUGGGGGGGCUCGUCGUCGCUCAACGCCAUGGUCUACAUCCGCGGCCAUGCCGAAGACUACAACCGCUGGCAGCGGGAAGGCGCCGCAGGCUGGGACUACGCGCACUGCCUGCCUUACUUCCGCAAGGCGCAGAGCCACGAGCUGGGCGCGGGCACGUACCGCGGCGGCCAGGGCCCCCUGCACGUGUCCCGGGGCAAGACCAACCACCCGCUGCACCACGCCUUCCUGGAGGCGGCGCAGCAGGCCGGCUACCCGCUCACCGAGGACAUGAACGGCUUCCAGCAAGAAGGCUUCGGGUGGAUGGACAUGACCAUCCACCAAGGCAAGCGCUGGAGCGCCGCGUGCGCGUACCUGCACCCGGCACUGGGCCGCCCCAACCUCACGGCGGAGGUGCAGACGCUCGUGCACCGGGUGCUGUUCGAGGGUACCCGCGCCGUGGGUGUGGAGUACGUCAAGAACGGCCAGAGCCACAGGGUUUACGCCGGCGCGGAGGUGAUUCUGAGCGGGGGUGCCAUCAACUCUCCACAGCUGCUCAUGCUCUCCGGCGUCGGCAACGCGGAUGACCUCCGCAAGCUGGGCAUCCCGGUGGUGUGCCACCUGCCCGGGGUGGGCCAGAACCUGCAAGACCACCUGGAGGUGUACAUCCAGCAGGCCUGCACCCGCCCCAUCACCCUGCACUCGGCGCAGAAGCCCUUGAGGAAGGUCCGGAUUGGUCUGGAGUGGCUCUGGAAGUUCACAGGGGAUGGGGCCACGGCGCACCUGGAAACAGGUGGAUUCAUCCGGAGCCGGCCUGGGGUCCCUCACCCGGACAUCCAGUUCCAUUUCCUGCCGUCCCAAGUGAUAGACCAUGGCCGGGUCCCCACCCAGCAGGAGGCUUACCAGGUGCACGUGGGGACCAUGCGGGGCACGAGUGUGGGAUGGCUUAAACUGAGAAGUGCCAACCCCCAGGACCACCCUGUGAUUCAGCCCAACUACUUGACAACAGAAACCGACAUUAACGACUUCCGACAGUGUGUGAAGCUGACCAGAGAAAUUUUUGCCCAGAAAGCCCUGGCGCCGUUCCGGGGGAAGGAGCUCCAGCCGGGAAGCAACGUGCAGUCAGAUGAGGAGAUCGAUGCCUUCGUGAGGGCGAAGGCCGACAGCGCCUACCACCCCUCCUGCACCUGCAAGAUGGGCCAGCCCUCUGAUCCCAUGGCCGUGGUGGAUCCACAGACCAGGGUGCUUGGGGUGCAGAACCUCAGGGUGGUCGACGCUUCCAUCAUGCCCAGCGUGGUCAGCGGCAACCUGAACGCCCCCACCAUCAUGAUCGCAGAGAAAGCAGCAGACAUCAUCAGGGGGCAGCCUGCACUCCAGGACAAGGACGUCCCUGUCUACAAGCCUGGGACCCUGGCCACCCAGCGCUGAGGUCGUCCCUGCCCCAGAAGCCUCCUGCCAAGCCAAGAAGGGAAUCCCUGCCAAGGUAACUUGACAAAGUCGGCAUGAUUCCUUGAACAGAAAAGGAAGCCUUGGUGGGUCUCGUGGUCCAAAAGUGGGUUUUCAUCAGUAGUACAACCGGCAGUACAACCGGAGUGUGAGUACGUUCUAAUGAAAACUUCAGCCCUCAUUCAGUUGCAUAUAAAAGCCCUCAAAGAGAACACACAGUACAGCAGUGUUGUGUAAAAAGGCAACAAUACGACCCAGACAGACCCAGCGUUCUAAUCCUGCAGAUCAUCGCUUUGCCCCUCCGCCCCCCCUCCCAGCACCCCUGUUCAGGACAAGGAGCAACAGCGAUCCUCAGGGAGCAAGAGCAGAGGAACUCCAUCCACCUGUGCCAUCAUUUCGACACCAGAGAUGCAAAAGAGGUCUUGUGGGGGCAGCAGAGGUGCCGCUGUGAAUGCCACAGGGUCAGAGUAACCGGCUCGACCGACAGGAUGAGCUUAUCGGAGGCUCCGUCAAGUCAAAGACGGCUGCGACCCAUGGUGGACCAAAGGUACACUAUCAAAUCCCGGAACUCUUGCCCAAAGCAAAGGCUGUAAAUCAUCAUCUGGUAUAUCUCGUGUAAAGGUAGAUUUAGAGUGACUCAAAAUAUUUUUAGAAAAAAAUCUCUAUAGUCCCGAGUUCUUUUGAACUUAAAAUUUCAUCCCCAGAAGAUUUUCACGGAAUAAAUGAGAAUUGGCUGUUUCUUCUA